GCUAAUUCAAAGCACCUCGUCUGAUUACAACAGCAAGCUUUGCGACCCAAUUCCUGGAGCAACCAUCCCCUCACCAUCAACAACGAAAGUCAUUAAACAACUAAAAUAAAAAAUUCUAAAAAUUAUUAGGGGGAACUGCUUUCUUGCCAUGACGGAAGUAUGGGAGGCCGUCGCCGCCACCAGGCAUCACAAGAAGCUCUCGGAAGAUGAAGCAGCCGCCCUCAAGGAGUCGUGCUCCAAAGCCCACCAACACCAACACAUAGCACAAUGCGCCGAGUGCUGCGGUCGCCUGCUCGACCAGGUCGCGACGCGCUACACCAAGUCCCCCGACAUGGCCUGGCUCACGGCGCAGCGAAACCUGCCCGAGGACCUCGAAAAGCUGUUUGCGCGAGCCAGGCAGAACCCACGCGAGCUCGACGCCGUCGAGAGGCGGCUCAACGACGCGAAACGCGACUGGGCCCGCGGCAGGAUACAGACCUCCAAGGUCAUCCGGCGGCUAGUCGAAGAUGCGGGGCAUACGCAGCUGCUGGAGAAGCUACAGGACGAGAGCAUCUCGCUUGAGGCGGCGCUCGGCGAGAUCGACAACGUCCUGAGCGGGCGCGCCUCCACGACCUCGGCCCGGGAUCUCGACGUCGCCCUGGAGAAGCUCAUCGCGGCGCAGAGCAAUCCUCUGCAGCGGCAGGAGGUGCAUAGGGAGGUGCUCAACGCUACCACCGAGGGCCCCCUGGAUGGCUUCAUGGAUCAGAUGCUGGACAGAUUGGCGGCGAGCAAGGCAUCCAAGGAGAUCAAGGAUAAGCACCUCCGCAGGCUGGAAGAGCUCCGUCGGGCGCAGACGGCACACCUAAAGUCCAAAAAGAAGAAGAAAUCCAAGAACCGGAAGCCCGACGAGGGGGAGAAGCCGCCGUCUCUGGACGUACCACCCUGCACCGCGUGCGCGACGCUGCCGGACCCCAAGUCCUUCAUCUCGUGCACUUUGUGUCUGGUGCGAUCGAAUGCGUGCGGUCAAGGGCCGCCGGCAGUCUUUUGCACCGGUGCAUGCUACGAAGUGGGAUUUGAUGACCACGUCAACGAAGCGCAUAUUUGCUCUUCCGGAGACGACUGCAUACAGCUACGCAGGGCGGACGACGAGGACAUGUCUGGUGUCGACACACAGAUCGUCCUCUGCAGUGACUGCCUGGGACCAACCAAGGUUUUGACCAGCUACUGCUCCGAGACAUGCGCCGAGAUGAAUUUCGAUCGCCACCAAAACGCCAUGCACAAGCACGAAUCACCAGGCCAGAGCGGGGCUGCUGCGCCCAAGAAUCAGUCGAGAAAUAUAGAUGAUCAUGUGGUGCCGUUGAAUCAAGUAUUGGCAGACAUGGAGCAGAGGAAUGGGAUCACGAUGAAGGCGAUGAGCUAGGAGGAGGGCAGGGCGAGGUUGCGGUUCGACUAAGAUUGGACGCCCGAACGUAGUAAAUUUUCUUGUCUGAUCGGGUCGAGCUGUUGAGCUUAUUGCUGUACUCCCCGCUCUCGAGCUACGGGUUGGUUGGACUGUAUUUUGUUGUAUUUGCGCCAGGCGAGACUGAUACCCUUUAAAUCAAUCACUUGAGACCUACUCUAGCAGCUCAACCGCGUGAUGUUAAACGGCAGUGAGAAAGCCAAAUAAAGGAAAAAG